AUGGAGCCGCAGAGAUCGAUUUGGGAAGCUCUUCAACAUCUUCGUCUGGGUUCAGAUCGGGAGCAGUGGGAUGUCCAUCUUGAUGCGCAAUCUAAAUUUAAGAAGGAACAUCAGGUCUGUCUUGUUGCUAUGGGCUUGAAUCUUGCUCAUCAGAAUCCGGCGGGGAUAAAGAAAGUCUUGCAGGGAGCUUGGGCAGCUAAGGGCUGUGUAGAUGUGAAGAUCAAUGAUGAUGGUACUAUUAAUUUCUACUUCGCGAAGAAUCAUGUCGAUACUGGAGGGAGCUCGUUAUGA